AUGAGCACGAUGGAAUGCGAAGUAGACACUAAUCGGACGAUAGAGGCUAAGAUUGUACUAUUAGGAUCUCAAGCUGUGGGCAAGACCAGUGUUGUGAUUAGGUAUGUGGGUGGCAUGUUUAGCAAACAUGUCAGUCCCACAAUUGGAGCUUCCUUCUUCACCUACAAAUUAACAUUGGACAAAUAUCGAAUUAAGCUGCAAGUGUGGGAUACAGCAGGGCAAGAGCGUUUCCGAUCUAUGGCUCCAAUGUAUUACAGAAAAGCCAAUGCAGCUAUGCUGGUUUAUGAUAUAACAUGCAAAGACAGUUACUAUGACAUUAAGGAUUGGGUUAAAGAAUUAAAGAAAAAUGUUGAGACUCCUAUUGUGAUGUGCCUGUUGGGAAAUAAACGUGAUUUGGAGCAUAAGCGCAGAGUUUCCGCCUCUGAAGCCCAGGAAUAUGCCAAGUCCAUUGGAGCUUUUUUCUUUGAGACAUCUGCUUUGUUCAACACAGGAAUCGAUGAGGCCUUCUUUCAAAUGGCCCAAGAACUGGUCAAAAUAUGCGAAAUGCCCAACUCUGGCAUUCGGGUUCUGAAUUGUCAUGGGACAGAUAUGGAAGAAUCUGAGUUAGGCAGCUCAAUUAAAUUGUCUAACACAAAAGAAAAUGCACAAAAUGUAGACUCAGAGACUUGUCUUUGCUAG